AUUAAAUCCCCUAUAAAAGGUUCUCACCGCUGACCUGGGUACUUCAUUCGAGGCCUAACAGCCACUUGCCUCAUCCUGCCUGGACAUUAGCCUGACUUCAAAGAUGCCUCAGUUAUUAAGAAACAUUAACGGGAUCAUUGAGGCCUUUGGGCGCUAUGCCAGAACGGAGGGCGACUGCACAGUGCUCACCCGAGGGGAGCUAAAGAGACUCCUGGAGCAAGAGUUUGCUGAUGUCAUAGUGAAACCCCAUGAUCCAGCCACUGUGGAUGAAGUCCUGCGCCUGCUGGAUGAAGAUAAUACAGGGACUGUAGAAUUCAAGGAAUUCCUGGUUUUGGUGUUUAAAGUUGCCCAGGCCUGUUUUAAGACACUGAGCCAGAGUCCUGGGGGUUCUUGCAGAUCUCAAGAGUCUGGAAAUCAACACUCUGGGUCCUCAAAAGAGCUGGAGGAAAGUCAGAGAAGUGGCACUGAAGUGGGAAGUGACAGGCAAGGUCAACAUCAAGAGAGGAGCAGUGGUGAACAGAGCCAGCAGACUUCCAGAGGGCAGGGUGGGACUGGGACUCAGACCCAGGGUCAGGACAUUAGCUCUACACAGGUCAGCAGCCAUGACAGGCAGGUUGAGUCCCAGAGGCAGACACAAGUAACAGGUUCUGUGGAGCAGACCCCAAGAGUAGGAGACAGGAGUCAUCAGACCAGAGAGAAGAGGUCAGAGAGACAGUUAAAGACCAGUGAACAGACAGGUGAAUCUAGGACUGGAACUGCAACUCAGACCCAGACAGGUGCCACCCAGACUGUGGAGCAAGACAGCAGCCAUCAGACAGGAAACACCACCAUUCGGACACAGGGGUCUUCCUCUGGCCAGACCAGGCAGACUGAGACACAGGGUCAAGACAGGAGCCAGACCAGCCAGGUUGUGACAGGAAGACAAAUCCCAACACAGGCAGGGUCACACACUCAGACACACACCCAGACUGUGGAGCAAGACAGCAGCCAUCAGACAGGAAACACCACCAUUCGGACACAGGGGUCUUCCUCUGGCCAGACCAGGCAGACUGAGACACAGGGUCAAGACAGGAGCCAGACCAGCCAGGUUGUGACUGGAGGACAUAUCCAGACACAGGCAGGCUCAUAUACCCAGACCACAAAGCAGGACAGGUGCAUGACUGAGAGUCACAUAGACAAUAGUCAAAAAUGGACACAAGUGAGCAACUCUGAGGCAGGAGAGUCAGCCCUUGGAGGACAGAUUCAGACUGGGGCAAGCACUGUGUCAGGAAGACAGUAUGGGAGCAGCACUCAUGCAAGUAUGACAAGAGAACAGGGACAGAGAGAGCCCACAGUGGUUAGGGAGGAGUGGGUAGAUGAUCAUACAAGGGAAGUAGUGAUUCAAACUGAAGACCAAGGCAGCCAGCACACCAGUGCUCCUUCAUCACAGGGCCCAGAUGCAGCCCAGCCAGGAGGGAAGCAGGGCAUCACAGCCAAGGGGCUGUAUUCUUACUUCAAAAGCAGCAAGCCAUGACUCUCCCUUACUCCAGUACAGAAGCCUGCUGAAGAGCAGUUAGCUUGUCCUGCCCUGGCCAGUUCAUUGGCACAUCUUUGGACUCAGCUCUUAUUCAUAGUGUUUCCCUUUUAGAUCAUUUCUGCAAGGUACUUUCUACCCUAAACUCCUCUCUCCUGCCUG